AUGGCAGAUAUCGAAGAUGGCUUCGAUAUACGUAACGCAAGCACAGCUCGAAAAUUAGACGAAAUUCAAAUAAAAAUCAGGUCGAAACGAGAUGCUGCAGAUAUUGGUCAAAUGGAUUCCUUCGUGCCCGGUGUGACGCCUGUAUGGGUAAAGACGUGGGGCUGCUCACACAAUGCCAGUGACAGUGAAUAUAUGGCUGGAAUACUAGCGAAGGCAAGCCCUCCUAUCAUUUACCUCUUCAACGCAGGAUACCCAAUUGUUAAGAAGUCAUCCGAUGCAAAAAUCUGGAUUUUAAAUAGUUGCACUGUUAAAACUCCAUCGGAAACGCAAGCGAGUAAUCUUUUGGAAGAGGGGCAGAAACAAGGCAAACUCGUCGUUAUGGCAGGGUGCGUAUCUCAG